AAGAUGUCCAUCGUCAGGCAAUGCGUUUUAAUAACGCUAGUGUCUUUGUACCUGUCUCCGUCGGUUCAGCAGAAAAAGGGUUUUAGAUGUCCUUCGACAUGCAGCUGUUCCAAGGAGUCUAUUAUUUGCGUCGGGUCCCCCUACGUCCCACGGAUGAGUCCGAACGAUAUCAAUUCAUUGAGUAUCGUGAACGGGACUUUUACCGAGCUCAAGGAGGCUAUGUUCGCACACAUGCCGUCUUUACAGCUACUACUGCUGAACUCUAAUGCACUCACAGUGGUAAAGGACGAUGCGUUCUCCGGCUUGCCACACCUUGAGUAUCUGUUCAUAGAAAACAACAGGCUUGAAAGCGUAUCAAAGUAUGCUUUCAGAGGACUCCGAGACCUGACCCAUCUGUCUGUUGCCAACAACAACAUCAAAGCUUUGCCAAGAGAACUGUUUUCUGACCUGGACUCAUUGAUAGAGUUAGACUUAAGGGGGAAUGCCUUUGAGUGUGACUGCAGGGCUAAGUGGCUGAUGACGUGGCUGAGGAGCACCAAUGCCACUGUGUCAGAUGUCUUCUGUGCUGGACCUGAGGAGAUGAAAGGCAAAAGGUUGAAUGACAUGGCAAGUCUGCAUGAUGAGUGCAUUUCCACAGAUUUCAUCCUUCGUCAAUCAGUGUUCUCUGAGUCUCUGUCAGUGGACACAUUCACCUUUAAAAAUGAUGUUUACGUGGCCAUUGCUGCUCCCAGUACAGAAAGCUGCAUGGUACUUCAGUGGGACCACAUUGACAUGAACUUCAGGAGUUAUGAUAACAUAACAGGCCAGUCCAUUGUUGGAUGCAAGUCAGUCAUCAUCCAGGACCAAGUAUUUGUUAUUGUAGCGCAACUAUUUGGCGGCUCCCACAUCUACAAGUUUGACGAGGACCAGAGCAAGUUCACCAAGUUCCAGGAUAUUGAAGUAUCUAAGAUAUCCAAGCCAAAUGACAUUGAAGCUUUUCAAAUUGGUAACGACUGGUUUUUCAUCAUAGCUGACAGCUCCAAAGCUGGUCUUUCUACAGUCUACAAGUGGAAUGAUAAGGGGUUCUACUCCUAUCAGUCCUUGCAUGAGUGGUUCCGUGACACGGAUGCCGAGUUUGUUGAUCUGGAUGGCAAAGCCCACCUGAUCCUUGCCAGCCGCUCACAAGUGCCUGUCAUCUAUCAGUGGAGCAAAAGUGCCCAGAAGUUUGGUCUUCAGGGCGAGAUUCCCAACAUGGAAGAUGUGGUGGCGGUCAAAGCCUUUUGGAUCAAAGAUGACCUUUACUUAGCUAUGACGCGCUACAUCGGCGACUCAAAGGUUGUGAGGUGGAGCACCAAGCAGUUUUCUGAGGUGCAGGCGCUACCAUCGAGAGGUUCCAUGAUCCUCCAGCCGUUCUCCUUUAAAGAGCGAUACUACUUGGCCUUGGGUAGCGACUACACCUUUUCGCAGGUUUACCUCUGGGAUGCAGAGAAAAAGAUCUUUGAGCGUUUCAAGGAAGUCUACAUCCAAGCGCCACGCUCUUUCACCGUGGUGUCGACCGACCGCAGAGACUUCAUCUUUGCCUCCAGCUUUAAGGGGAACACCCAGAUCUUUGAGCACAUCAUCAUUGACCUAAGCUUGUGA